AUGGGAUGGCUCGACCUUAUUUGCAUAACAACGGACCCAGCCUCGACGACCUUUUAUAGACUUGCAUAUGCCACUGACUAUAGCACUGACAGUACCUCCAAAUACGUCGUUCUUAUCAGGUCCAACACCAACCCAAUCUCCCCUAGGGACCUCGUAUGGUCGAUAGUCUCCCUCAUUGAAAGCUGGAAACUGGCAGGACACCUUUACACUACCGAUGGCUCCGACUGCACAUGCUCAAGCGGCGCCCAGGAUGUCUUUACGAUGUUCGGUCGGGCCCUGAGUGAUUCCACCUCUGGCCUCAAAAGGCCUUACGGGAUUCGAUACAAUCUCAGUGGAUCAAUGGACGACAGCUUUAACUAUAGACGACCGGGUGCAUGGCAGAACAUCACAGUCGCUGGCGGAUACGAUUGGUCAGGAGGCCUCAACAGGCAUUCUCUAGGAUAUGUCAACAACGGUGCUACCAAAGUUCUUGUCCACGCGUCCAUCUCUGACACGAACAAUACUGUCAAUCUCGCAAUGAUGAACGAUUCGACCAUGGACCUUUAUGGCACGGGUCUGUGGGUUAUGAUAUAUUCGUCAAAGGACUUCUCUACUGCGAGCAUGUUCCUCACAAUAAAGGAUCCCAACACUUUGAACGGAACAGGAAUAGUGACGAAAUUCGACGCCGACGUUAUUAACAUGGAUUUCUUUACGUUCAUUGGCGACGGGAGCGGGGAUGGUGCCUCGACAUUUGAAUUGCUAAAGAAGGAAGAAACAAUGUAUGGAUUUGGUAACAACGGAGGGCUACGAUACACCCACAUGAUCGACAAGGUCAACGCGACAGAAACCUAUGGCAUCAACCCCAAUCUACCACCACCGCCAGCUGCACCGAUACCGACCAUCCUAUCAAAAGCAGGCGUUGUUGGCAUCGUUUUUAGAGCUUUCGUCCUCGCAGUAUUGACGUUUUUGUUGGGAAGAAAGACAAGCGGCAGGAACAGGAAAAUGGAUGAUGACGAGGUUGCGGAGUCAGACGCCAAAAAGUCCCAACCCAGCCAGCCCCUCGACGGCAACAAAGACGACCCGCCGGCACAAGGACCAAAGGAGGGAGCAAAUUCCUAUGACCUCGAGGCGGCCGCACCCAAUGACUUCAAACAGCAACACGCAGAGGAGGAUACGGAGAAGCUGUCGACAAAGGGUUCUGCUCCUUGGCUACCAACACAGUACAUUCCGCCAGCUCGUCCAUUUGACAGUGGAGAAAUGCCCUCCCCCAGUGCUCCAGCAUAUGCCAGUGUCGUCCACCAACUCCAAUCACUUCUACACGACUCGCAAAGCGUCGCGCUUCAGGAUUCCGCAAAAUAUAGUGAAAACGAGGUAUCCACCCCAACACCACCUUCCACGGCUGACUUUGCACAAUGCCCAACCCAAUCUUGA